AUGCCGCAACCCUCUGCGCCUAUCCCCGAACUUGGGGAAUUUAUUAUUGCAAACAAAGACAAACUCAAGAAAAAAGGCUCGGAGGCAGAAAUGAAUAAGUUGCUAACUGCCAUCAAGCUAGCGGCCAAAGUUGUUAACAGGGAAAUUAAUAUGGCGGGCCUUGUGGACAUCUUGGGGGCUGCCGGGAACCAGAACGUGCAGGGAGAGGAUCAGCAAAAGCUCGAUGUCUUCGCGAACAAGAAAUUCAUUCAAGCGUUGGUCAACAGGGAAGUGGUCUGUGGCAUAUGCACAGAGGAAGACGAUGACUUUAUUCCCGUCAAUCCCAACUGCCACCUCGUGCUGCUGAUGGACCCGCUAGAUGGCUCGUCGAACAUCGACGUCAAUGUCUCCGUCGGGACUAUCUUCUCUAUAUUCCAGCGUGUUUCUCCAGUCGGCCAGCCGGUGGAGAGAAGAGACUUCUUGCAGCCUGGCAAAGAACAACUCGCUGCAGGUUAUGUCCUCUACGGUUCCAGCACCAUGCUCGUCAUGACGACCGGCUCGGGCGUAAACGGCUUCACACUUGACUCCUCUCUGGGCACUUUCUUCCUCUCACAUCCUAACAUGCACUUUCCUGAAAAGGCAAAGAUCUACAGCGUGAACGAGGGAAACUACAAAGCAUUCCCAGACGGAGUCAAAAGCUUUAUUGAAGAAGCCCACAGUGGAGAGAAGGGCCCGUUUUCCCUGCGAUACAUUGGGAGUUUGGUGUCGGAUUUCCACAGAAAUUUACUGCAAGGUGGCAUUUAUAUGUACCCGCCCACAAAGAAAGACCCUAAGGGAAAGCUGCGUUUGCUUUACGAGGCGAACCCGAUGGCUUUGCUGGCGGAACAGGCAGGAGGCAUGGCGACGGACGGCUUUGAUCGAAUUCUGUCGAUUGUUCCGCAAAACUUGCACCAACGCGUGCCUCUGUUUGUGGGCAGCUCGCAGCUAGUGGAGCACGUCACAGAACUCAUGAAAACACACAGCCCCCAGUGCAGGCUCCACGCAGAUACGCUAUCCCCCUGA